CUCGCUCUCUCCUUGGCGCUCAGCUUUACUCCAGUGACGGCCAACAAUGCUCUGGCUUCGGAGUUCGAUGUGAUCAAUGAAGGCCCGCCCAAGGAUGCUUACGUGGUGGAUGACGCUGGAGUUCUCAGUAGAAGCAAAGCUGAUGCUUUUGAGUAUGCAGACCAAGUGCUGGAGAAAUGGUACCCAAGUGUUGAAGAAGGGAACAACAAAGGGAUAGUUGUCCUGGUAACGAGUCAGAAGGAAGGUGUUAUUACAGGAGGUCCUGCAUUUGUGCAAGUUGUUGGAGAAAGCGUUCUUGAUGCUACUGUAUCAGAGAAUCUUCCAGUUUUGGCUACGGAAGAGAAGUACAAUGAAGCACUUUUGAGCAGUGCCAAGAGGCUAGUGGCGGCCAUCGAUGGACUCCCGGAUCCAGGUGUUCCGACGGUGAAGGAUAACAAGAGAGAAUCCAACUUCAAGACUAAGGAGGAGACAUACGAGAAGCGAGGGCAGUUCACUCUUGUGGUUGGAGGUCUCCUGGUGAUUGCCUUUGUUGUUCCCAUGGCUCAAUACUUUGCUUACGUUUCCAGGAAAUAGGGUCUGUGCACUUCUUCUGUCAUUCGAAUCCAUGAUCGACAUUUGUACAAAAUACUAUGGUCAAGUGGAUGGUGGGAGUCUCUAAUGAGAGGAUGACUGGAUGAUAACCAAGAAACAGUUUCUAGGCCUCUAUUGAGUAUUGAUUUCCUCUUAUUGAAACGUUUCGAGAGCAACCAUGUUUUUUUUCUUAAAAUCUCAUUGUGAUGUUUACAGUUCAUGUAAACAUUUCUAGGCCUUUUGAGAAAGAAGCAAACAGCAAGAGGUUAUAUUUGGCGUGAAACUCAUGCUGUUGUUGCUGAGUAUGUUGUAUAAUGUGCACAUUCUUAAACUUCUGUUGAGUGGCAAACUCCAUCAUUGUCUAAACAUUACUGUAGACUUGUACUAGUUUCUGACUGUGGUUAUAAGUUUCAGGGAGGGUUGAAUAGCGCGACCUAACCGUUGGAUUUUUUCAGUGCUCAUAAAAUGUGGUUUCUUUUGUUUCAA